AUAAAGACCGAGACCGAACAACCCGCAAGAAUAUACAUAUAUAAAAUCUCUGUUAAAUCUAUAAAUUGCCCGGCAAAUAUACUCUCUCUCUCUCUCUCUCUCUCUCUCUCUCUCUCGUACUUAAUACAGUUUUCACACUCAUUGAUGCAAAACCCAGAUUUGCAUCUUUCUUCACACUACACAGUAGCCUCUUUGUAUAUAGUUUCAAACAAGAUUUGUUAAUGAUGAGACAUUCAUGGCUAUUGAGCUUAAGUGUAAUUGGGAUUCUUGUGAGCUGCUGUUAUAGCUAUGAGUACGAUGAGUAUCUGAAUAAAACAGAGAUUUUAUAUAAAGAUUCUGUCUUUGGAGCUGCUGCUUACACUCCUCUCACAGUUGGCCUUACUAUCAUUCAAGGAGCUGCUUCUAGAGGCGCUGUAUGUUUAGAUGGAACAUUACCAGGGUACCAUUUGCAUCGUGGUUAUGGGUCAGGAGCAAACAGUUGGCUCAUUCAAUUGGAGGGUGGAGGAUGGUGUAACACUGUCAGAUCUUGUGUAUACCGAAAGAAGACACGUCGUGGAUCGCUAAACUAUAUGGAAAAACAACUCGUUUUUUCAGGAAUUCUCAGCAAUAAGGCUGAAGAAAAUCCAGAUUUUUUUAACUGGAAUAGAGUUAAGCUCCGCUAUUGCGACGGUGCUUCUUUUGCAGGCGAUAGUGAAGACAAGGCUGCUGGAUUACAGUUUAGAGGUGAGCGUAUAUGGUGGGCUGCUAUGGAAGAUUUGAAGGCAAAGGGAAUGCGAUAUGCCAACCAGGCACUUCUUUCUGGAUGCUCUGCUGGUGGUCUAGCUUCAAUUUUAAAAUGCGAUGAUUUCCGCGGCUUAUUUUCAAGUCGUACAAAAGUGAAGUGCCUAAGUGAUGGUGGAUUAUUCUUGAAUGCAGUUGAUGUCUCUGGUGGCCGUACCCUUAGGAAUAUGUUUGGAGGUGUGGUCAAACUACAGGGUGUUGGGAAGAACCUUCCACGUACUUGUACCAAUCACCUUGAUCCAACUACGUGCUUUUUCCCCGAGAACUUGAUAGCCAACAUACAAACUCCUAUGUUUCUUCUCAAUGCAGCAUAUGAUUCCUGGCAGGUCACAGCCAGCUUAGCCCCUCCUUCAGCUGAUCCUCAUGGUUAUUGGACUGCUUGCAAAGCAAAUUAUGCACAUUGUUCGACAUCACAAAUCCAAUUUCUGCAGAGAUUCAGGGAGCAUAUGGUAAAUGUUGUGCAACGCUUCUCAAGGUCUCCAAAAAAUGGGUUAUUUAUAAACUCAUGCUUUGCUCAUUGCCAAUCUGAAAGGCAGGAUACAUGGUUUUCAGACAAUUCUCCCCUUAUAGGCAACAAGGGAAUCGCGCUAGCAGUUGGUGAUUGGUAUUUUGACCGGGCUGGUUGCAAGGCUAUUGAUUGUCCAUACCCUUGUGACAAAACAUGCCACAAUCUGGUAUUCAGAUGAGUGGCUGCCUGCUGGCUUAUUCUUUAACCCCUAUAUAUUCAAUUUCCUCAUUCUUAUGGUCAAUUUGAUUAGUAAAAUUUAUAGUCAUGAUUUAGAGGAACUCUUAUCUCAUGACAGCAAUAAAACAGUUGCCUGCCCAUUUCAAAUAAGAAAGGUGAAAUGCUGACGGGCAACGUUUACAUUCUUGAUGAGAAUAUGUAAUCUCUAUAUACAUUAGUGAAAGUAUCUAUGUGAGUCAUUCAAGGUGAAAAUAUCAUCACUCAUCACUCAUCAGCAAUGUGAUAGCCAAGGUGGUGGUGUUUCUAUAAUUUGUUACUAAAGGACAUCAAGGAAUGUAAUUAUAGUACAAAGAUGGGGUCAUUGAGUCA